AUGACGGACGGCUUCGAGGGAGGCCGUCGGGGCGAAAGUCGGGAAGUGGAUGACGGACGUGUCCCGUGGUGGCCGGAGGUGAGUGGCAUUACUCACCCACGGAGUGCUCCGAACUUCCCGUCCCCCACACAGCACCCCACGAUUUUCUUCCGUGCGGGAUUCAGCUUGCUCUGCAGAGACACGAUAUUUCCACCACAGCCGAUAAUCGGGGGAUUGGCCUGGAGGGAGGUCAUAUUUUCGAUGGUCUAUGAGUUACUGAACAAUAAUAAAAUUCAAUCAUAUUGCAUCAUCGGGCCCAGCUGCCCGGCUAAGGUCUUUGCCGCACAUCCACGGGCAGAAGGCGGUGGCGCGGGGCAAAAGCUGCAAGCAUCGACGCGGCAAAGCAGCAGACCCGUUGCGACAAGCCGAUGGAUGCUGGACAUGGUCUCGCCGGCCAUGGAUCUGCGGAAUCUCCUGGGUCAGUCCCUUCCUGCUAGUCUCCUGCCAUUGCAGUAUGCUCGCUGCGAAUGUCCUGUCUCCAUGCUUGUGAGCAACGUGCGCUACCCGACUACCCUUAACUCUAGAGGGCCGUCACGGCACUAG